AUGCCGCCUCUGGCACCCUUCACUUCUCUGGCGCCUCGUCCAGAACACCUCUUCAUGCCGGGUAUUUCUCACCAGAUCGAGGCGCCGUCCUCUACCUCAUCAGGCUCAACAGUACCGACACCGUCGCCGCUGCCCCUUCGUCUGACACCGGAAACCUCAACAUCUCAAUCCUCAUCUGAGCCGUCUGAGGAGAGCAACACAAAGCCAAGCCCCUUCCCCAUUCCCAAAUUGCGCCUGGAGAUCCGGGACCUGAACCACGCUGGCGCAAACAUCUUCCUGCGAGCCAUCAACGCCUCCAGCACGUUCUCGUCCUGCGUGCAGGAUGUGCUCCAGAAGCUCUACAUAUCGCCCAAGCACCCGCACUACCGCCCGCCGCCCACGCGCUCCGUGACGCUGGUCCUAAGGGACAUGGGCGGCGUGGCGUUCACGACGGGUUCCGACCUGGACAACGACCACAAGGAGAUCCACUUCAGCCUGGGCUACAUCGCCGGCCUGCCCCAGGAGCGACAGACGCACGAGAUCACGGGCGUUCUCACGCACGAGCUCGUGCACUGCUACCAGCACACCGGGUACGGGUCGUGCCCUGGGGGUCUCGUCGAGGGCAUCGCGGACUGGGUGCGUCUGAAGUGCGGCCUGGCGCCGCCGCAUUGGAACCACGAGGAGACUGGGGACAGAUGGGACGGCGGCUACCAACGGACCGCAUACUUCCUGGCAUAUCUGGAGAGGAGGUUUGGGGAGGAAACGGUGCGGAAAGUCAACGGAACCUUGAGGACGCAGCGGUAUGAAGAGAAGGCGUUCUGGACCGGCUUGGUGGGCCGGCCGGUUGAACAGCUCUGGGAGGACUACAAAGGGGAGCUGAAGAAAAAGGGUGCAGAAGUAGAUCAUAGUGGACAGAAGAAGGAUGGCGACAAGGUCGAUGAGGCUACCCAGACUUAG